CCCGAACCUUUGGCUUUAUUCGUACGUGGGGGAGCAUCACGCGCGCCGGAAAAACGUCGACCGAGAUGGGGGACGGGUUUGCGGCCGGCCGGGAUGCCUGUGACAUAACUGAGGGGACUUGACUUUGCAAAGCUAGACGACUUUCGUCCUUCUCUCCUUUCUCUUUUUUUUCUUUGUUUCUCUUGUAUUCGUCAACCUUUUUUUUUGUCCUCUUCUGUGACGCAUACACUCCUAGACAGUGAACAUGACUGAACGUGAAAUCACCAUCACGGGAUGGUCCACCAGGGACGUCCGGUUCCCGACCUCGCUGGACAAGACGGGGUCUGACGCCAUGAACGCGGCCGGCGACUACUCGUCGGCCUACUGCAUCCUCCAGACCGAUUCUGAGUUUUCUGGCCAUGGCAUGACCUUCACCAUCGGGCGCGGCAACGACAUCGUCUGCGCGGCCAUCGAGCACGUCGCGGACCGCAUAAGGGGCCGCACGCUCUCGUCGCUCGUGGCGGACUGGGGCGCGACUUGGCGGCACCUCGUCAACGACUCGCAGCUGCGCUGGAUCGGGCCCGAAAAGGGCGUGAUCCACCUGGCUCUGGGCGCCGUCGUCAACGCCGUCUGGGACCUGUGGGCCAAGACGCUCGGCAAGCCCGUGUGGCGCGUCGUGGCCGACAUGACGCCCGAGCAGCUCGUGCGCUGCAUCGACUUUCGCUACAUCACCGACGCCCUCACGCCCGAAGAGGCCGUCGCCAUGCUGCGCGAGGUCGAGCCGGGCAAGGCGGCCCGCGUGGCCGAGGCCGAGGCGAGCCGCGCCGUGCCGGCCUACACGACCUCGGCCGGCUGGCUCGGGUACGGCGAGGACAAGAUGCGGGCCUUGCUCGAGGAGACGCUGGCCAAGGGGUACAGGCACUUCAAGAUCAAGGUCGGCGGCAGCGUGGCCGACGACCGGCGGCGGCUGGCCAUGGCGCGCGACAUCGUCGGCUACGACCGCGGCAACGUGCUCAUGGUGGACGCGAACCAGGUGUGGUCGGUGCCCGAGGCCAUCGAGUACAUGGGCCAACUGGCCGAUUUCAAGCCCUGGUUCAUCGAGGAGCCCACGAGCCCGGACGACGUGCUGGGCCACAAGGCGGUCCGGGACGCGCUGAGGCCGCUGGGCGUGGGCGUGGCCACGGGCGAGAUGUGCCAGAACCGCGUCGUGUUCAAGCAGCUGCUGGCGUCGGGCGCCAUCGACGUGUGCCAGAUCGACGCGUGCCGGCUCGGCGGCGUCAACGAGGCGCUGGCGGUGCUGCUGAUGGCGCGCAAGUUUGGCGUGCCCGUCGUGCCGCACUCGGGCGGCGUCGGCCUGCCCGAGUACACGCAGCACCUGAGCACCAUAGACUACGUCGUCGUGACGGGCGUGCGGUCGGUGCUCGAGUACGUCGACCAUCUGCACGAGCACUUCCUGCACCCGGCCGUCAUCCGCGACGGGUACUACCAGACGCCCGCCGAGCCCGGGUACAGCGUCGAGAUGAGGCCCGAGAGUAUGGACCGCUACUCGUACCCGGGCGAGCCCGGCGUCAGCUGGUGGCGCUCUGACGAGGCCAAGCCGAUCCUCGAGGGGGAGAAGAUCUGAGAUAGAGGGAGAACUGCGGUUUCGUUUGGUUUUGUUUUUGCAUUUCUUGCAUGAGAGGCGUCAGUGCAUAAAGGGGUUCGGUCGCAGAUUGAUCGUUCCGCGGGGCAACGAUGGCAUCCCGUAUGUUUCUAGGGCAGAGGCAUCCAGGGCGGUAAAUACGGGGACAGAAAAUAGUUGGAGGAGCAGAUAUGAAAAAAUGAAAAACAAAUAAAGCGCUGGAAUAGUUUCAGUGGCUAUGCUAUACCAGUAACACCGAUGCUCAAGUCUAUCAAAG